UAUCCGGCGAUUGCAGCGCAACAAACGCCCGCACAAAUGUCGCAGCCACAAGCUAUAGCCAAAACCAGCCAACGCCGCAAAUUAAUGUCUGGCAUGCAAAACCAACCACUGGACCAGCCGCAAACCAUGAACCCUCAAAUGGCCCAGCAGCAGCAGCAACAACAACAACAACUACAGCAAUUGGGCGGAGUGCAGGCCCAAAUUCAAGACCAGCAGGCGCCGGGCCAGCUGCUGGCUGGAAUGCAACAGCCUGCCUGUGGCAGGGAGAGACAGACCAUCUGGUCUGGCUUGUUGGAAUGGAUGGAGAAAAAAAGGAAUUCUGACGGGCAAAGGACGUCCAGAAGCAUUCCCUGCCAGGUCUCAGCGUUUACUACAGAUGACGAGCCUGAGUUGCGAGCGGAUGAUUGGCCGUCCGAGCUUUGGAUGCAGCUGAUGCCUAAACAUGUGAUUGGAAGUAUCGACGAAGAAUAUUUUUUGAAGAAUUCUAAAUCAGUUUUAUUAAACCCGCAACCCUGUGAGGCUCUGGACGCUUUAACUAGAGUCAUGAGUUCUGGUUUUGAUGGAUGUGUCCACUUCACAAGCCAACCAACAAAUGCAUGCGAACUCAAAGUUCUCAUUCUGCUAUACUCUGCAGAAGAACGCGCUUAUUUGGGCAUCAUACCGAAUGACCAGACAGCCUUUGUGGAGCACCUUCGCAAAGUAAUUCUGCACCAAAGGUCCACCCAAGGCAUCCAGCGGGGGCAGACUGGCGGCCCAGGAAUGGCUCCUGUGGGGCCAUCGCCUGGACUUGGCCCCGCCAUGAGCCAAAUGCAGGCGCCCAUGCAACAGCAGCAGCAAGCACAGCAACAACAGCAGCAACAACAACAGCAGGGCAUGAUGACGACUUCGCAGACCAAUCCAAUGGUCACGGGAGGCGUCCAGCUGACUCAAAAUAAUGUUCCCGGGCAGAUUCAGCCGCAGAUGACAAAUAUUGGACAGCAGAGGCCGCAGAUGAACGUUCAACCUGGAUUGGAGGCUGGCGUAAUGUCUACAGGACAGCAGCCUGGCGUGAUAAGGACUCAGGGUAUGAUGCCCACGCAGCAAGCCGGCCUGGUUAUCGCAGAAGCUAUGCAACAGCAGCAGCAGGAGCCAUAGGUGUUGAAAUUUGGAAAUUUAAGUAUUUUUGUUCCUUGUAAUUUUCUCUAACUCUCUGAUAUGAGUUACAAAAUUUCGAUUUCUGUAUAAUAAAAUUUCAAAAGUUAUCAUAAUACAAAUAAAAAUCGAACGUAUGGGA